CGGGCAGCUUCGGAGAUUCGAGAAAGAGGGCACGUGUCAGUUUGUCUUUGUCGACUCUCCGAAACUCUACGAGCUCACGUACGCGUGAUCUGGCAUAGUGUGAGACAGUGGAAUGAGGUGUCCCCGAUGCACCCGGGGCUCCGUCUGCCAUCUCCGCGUACAAUAUAGAAGAUAGAGUACUUGAUACUGAAAGAAGAUUAUGAAAUAAAUUGCGUAACCUGUUGGUCAAAAUACUGAGGAGGAAACAGAGAUAGUGGGAAUAGCAUUCUUAGAUCGUUACUUCCAUUUUUAAACAUGUGAACAAGUAUCUAAUCUUGGUUGAAUUUUUAUAUCAAUGACUAAUCCCGUGUUGCACGCGGAACCUAAGUUAACUAUGGAAUUGUCUCUGAUUUUCAAACACGAUUGAUGAAAUAACCUCUAUAUUUAUUUAAUUAUUGUUUUCUACGUUAUAUAAAUGUGAUGUUACAGUUUAACAACAAUGUUACAAUUUAAUACAAUUAUUGGUACUAUAAGUGCUAGAUAUACUCCUCGAUUAUGUUGCCGAUUUGCUGCAUCAUUUACAACAAGCUCAGUAGAUGCAAAUGGAAAUGUUAAGAAGGCUGUUAAGCUUAAUCAUCAAGCGACAUCCAGGUUAAAAAUGUCUCAAGAACAACAAAUUAAGUUUAACGAACUUAAAACAAUAGUGUAUAAUUCCUUACAAAUGAAGAAUACAAUUGCAUCUAAAAUUCAGAAAGCAGAAAAUGUGCAUGAUUUAUUGGAUCUUAUACAAAAGCCAAAUUUAUCUUCAGAUGAAAUAUUAACAGUUAUGAAAACCAUUAUGAAAUGGGUAAAUUCGGGUAAUGAAAAUGUUAUAGAUAUUCAGAAUGACAAGAAAUUUAUAUCUAUGAAAAAACAAAUUCAAAACCCAGAUCUUGAUUGGUAUUCUCAUCUUUCCACAGCUAGAAUGAUUCAGGAAUUGUACAGAUUGGCACAAGAGAAAAAUAGAAACCUAAAGAUUAUAAAAUUAUUAGUCGAUAAUAUUGUUGAGUUUAAUAGCCACCUAAAUAAAAAUCAAUGUUCGAUCCUAAUGUAUAGUGUUUGCGUUUUAUGUUACUAUGACAAGGAGUUGUUGGAAAAAAUUUGUCGUAAUCUGAUGUUACUAUCCUGUGAUUAUUUCACAAUGAAUUCAGUAUUAAAAUCUAUGGCAAUAAUCAGGUAUAAAAAUACGAAAUUUUUACAACAUAUGACCAGUUUCUUUAUUAAUUCUCAUGAUGUAUUAGAAAAGAAACGUAUCAUAAAUAUUCUACAAUCAUAUGCAAAAUUAGGAUAUAAAUCUGAAAAGACAAGUGCGCUCAUAAAGAAAUUUAUGCCAAGGUUGUCAGAAGAUUUAUUUGACCCUGAUGAUUGGUUAAACAUUGUUUGGUCUUUACUUGUAUUAGAUAAUGUAUUAAAUUCACAAGUUAAGACUGUGUUACAAAACUCAUUUAUUGAUAAACUUAACUUUGAGGAUGCAAGUAAAUCUCUGUUGAAUCAAAUAAAAUUAUUAAAUAUUAAUGCUGCUGCAAAAUAUAUACUAAAGGACUAUGAUGGGCCCUUCCUUGAUUCUUCAAAAAUAUCAUACGUGACAAGUGCACAGAACAAAGAAAAAAAAUUAUAUAUAAAAGCGCUUGAAGAAACAUUAACAUUCAUGUUGAAUCCUUCUGAAUAUACAUUAAAUUUAAAUACAAAUAUGGGUUUCCUUUUGGAUGCUGAAUGUAGAGAUUUCAGUUAUAAAACUGAUAUAUUUGCUAAGAAACAGGCUGACAAAGAUAGGUUAAAGAAAACUAGUAAGAAAAUUGCUAUAAUGCUACACGAUUAUUAUGACUAUUGUCAAUGGAGUACAGAUCUUCAAGGAUCAGUUCAAUUAGAGACCAAAUUAUUAGAACACAGAGGGUAUCAUAUUUUACCUAUUUCUUACCUACAGUUCAGUUUAUGUGACACACUUAACAAGCGUGUAAAAACGUUAAAACGGUGCUUCGAUUUAUCGAACCAAGUAUGAUUUAGUAUCGUGUAAUGUUUGAUAAAUAAAAAUAUGUACAAUAUAAUUCUAUUUGCGACUCAUAUCUAUUUUAAUUUAUCAAAA